AUGGACAAACUCCAAGAAUUCCUUCCUUCGGGGGAGAAGGGCUAUUUGCCCUACUACUUAUUCGUGGUCUCCGUCGUGGCGAUGGGCAACGCCGUUCAAAAUUACGCAACCCUCCACUACACACGCCGGAUUUACAAUGGGCUCUUCGUGACAAACCACUCGUUGCCCCCUGCCACCGACCGUUUCAAUCCCGAGGAUAGCACCAACAUCAUCAAGCCGGCCUCGUCAACGGGCAAGGACGCGGAGAAGGCCAAGGACCAGGUCUCCCCGCUCGCGGCCCGCCUGUUUGGGAUGUACACAUUUGCUGCGGGCAUCAUCCGUUUCUAUGCCUGCUACCAGCUCGAGAACCCCAGCUUGUACCAACUCGCCAUGUGGACACACAUCAUCGCCUCUGUCCACUUCACGUCUGAGCUGUUGGUGUUCAAGACCAUCAAGUUUAACGGGCCGCAGGCGCUCCCGUUCCUAGCCGGAUACAGUGGCGCGAUUUGGAUGUACUUGCAAUACAACCACUAUGUGCAAUAA